CAGUUCUCCGAACAUAAGACUCACUUCUUGCAGAAUCAGCAAGCAACAAUUGAAUUCUAACACAUUCUGGAAAUGAUCGAAGAUCCGCAAUCUUCUCCGCCGUCGAGUCAUAAAGUCUAGUACACGGGCAAAAGUAAACAUAUUAUAUCUCGACAACCUUCCUUCCCAGCCUACACAUCAGCGGUAUUCUUGCAACUAGAUUGUGUAGCCAAGCCGUUACGUCUACGAAGAUAGAACAUCAUUUCUAUACAUAGAAGAAGAGCUUAAAUUUUCGAUUCAGUACCGCUAUCGACACCGAAAAAAAGUCAUCAAAAAAAAUGUCUGAGCCGAAGAAGGGAUCCGCUCUGGCCGACCUCUUCAAGAAGAAGAAGAAGGUCGCCGUGAAGGCCAACAACUUGAACGAGGGGGUUACCGGCGCCGCCCCCACCGUGGACGCGCUGAAGAAGACGGCUUCGGUGGAUAACAAGGAGUGGAAAGAGGAGGAAGUCAAGAAGGACACGGAUGUCUCGCCCAAGGCCCGCAUCGCCACCAACCUCGCCACGGUGAAGGCGGAAGAAGCUGCCGCCAACCAGCAAGCCAAAACCUGGAGCGACAAGCCGGUUAUGCAAUACAAAAGCAUCGUGCUAGUAGUAAUUGCAAUGCAAAUUAGCUCAGCAUGACAAAUGGAAUUUGUCAUGCUGCUUUGCCUUGGGAUGGAGAUUUGUGAUGCAUGACUGCGAUUGCUACGAGUACGGUACUUUUGCACAGGAUACCGGUCGAUGGGAAGCAACAGCGCGCCGCUGGCGGAGCCUACCAGGUGCCCUUCAACCAGCCAGGGUACUGACGAAAUGCUGCUUGUCAACAUAUUGCUUUUACUUUUUGUUCUUUUCUUGCAGCAACAAAUCGCUUGCUUUUUUCUGAUAAGAUUUCUUGAGUCGACGAGUGCUGGCAACAUUUUUAUUCUUGAAUAUACGUUUGCAAUUCCAAUUAUGACGCGCAUCGAACCAAAAAAUCUUGUUCACAGUCAAGUAACGAAGACGAAGUUCCCGGAGCUUGGGACCCAGAAGAACCAGGUGCAGGGGAAAGCGAAAAUUGAAACCAGCAAGAAUCGAUACGGCAAUCUGAACGUGGACGACGACUCGGAAGCGGAAGAGGAGAAGCUGUCCAAACCCGCCCUGGUCGCCAAGGAAAAGGGCGCGAAGAUGUACAAGGCCCCGGGCGCCGUUGCGGAUGACAACGACAAGGAGCUGGAUCCGUCCGAGAAGCGGGCCCUGGACGAGAAGACGAAGAAGAAGCUGGAGAAGGAGCAGGAAAAGCAGCGUCAGAAGGAGGAGCGUGAGGCGGAGAAAAAGGCCGCGGAAGCGAAAAAGGCCGCGGAAAAAGCAGCAGCGGCGAACAAGGCGGUGUGUGAUACGUCGAAAUUUUCCUACGGAGUCUUCGACGUGAACGAAUGCAUCGCUAAGUACACCACCAGACAAAAAAUCGUCUUGGCGAACUAGAUUGAUGGUGUUGUUGCGCUGCACUUGUUUUACUUUAUCCGCUGCUCGCUCGGAUGGAUCUUUUCACUUUGACACGACUGCAAUCAUUUUAAGUUUGUGUUUCACCUGAUGGGUUUGUUUAUGACUGCACCGGAUCGAAGAGCAGUACGAGCCAGGAGCCAGACGGCCUGUUGCAACCCCCCGCAGAACACAACGUUGAAGAUAGCCAGCCACGGAAAGUCGACCGACCGCUCACACUUACUGCAACACGUUUGGUCGCUCGCCUUUAUAGAAGACCGAAAGUUGUAGAGCUCUUUCACAUCAGCCCACCUCGCUCCUGACAUAUUUUGAGAUGUGAAACUCUUCUACCCGCACAGAUUUUUUUUACGUUUGUUCUGUCUCUGUAUCUGCAAAAAAGGAG